UGGCAACGAGACCCGAGAGAGUUGUGGGAGGCGUUAGCAACUUGGCAUAACAAUCAACAGGAACUACUAGUAGUACGAGGCGAGGGAGAGGAGUGAGAGUGAAGGACAGACAGAAGGAAGUGUUGGGAAAAGCACCUUAUCUCCUGUUCGCACAAUGGUGUGUUAUGGCUUGCCCUCUGGAUCAGACAUAGUCUCCUCAGCAGCAGAUUUCACCCACCAGCAGAAUGAUCCUUAUCAAGAAGAACUGCAGGAGGAGGAGGAGGAGGAGGAAAAGGAGGAACCACAGGAGAAUGAGUCACAGCUUAGUUCUUCUGAGGAGGAUGAGCUGGAGGAGGAAGAGUUACAGCAGCAGCCUCAGGCCACACCCAUCACCAGCCCACAAUCAAACAGGGAACCGUUGCCAGAAGAGUGCACCAUGUGCCUUUGUGUCUACGAGGAGCAAGAGCGGCAGCCCCGGUCACUCCCCUGUGGCCAUACCUUUUGCUCACAGUGCAUAGCUUCCCUUCUGCUGAAGGAGAGCCACCUCUCUUGCCCCAACUGUCUCACUGACCAUUUUGCUAUAAGUGAAUAUAAUUUCCCAGUGAAUUAUGCCUUGAACAACAUGAUUGUAAGAUUUAGGGCACUGCAGAUUAAAGAAAACUGUUCAAUCACUGCAAAAACCACUGAAGUCGUGACAGAAGAGUCCAAUCAGAAUAGAGGAGUAGGUCUAAGCAGGAGAUUGCAGUCUAUAGUCAAUGAGCAGAAGGAGAGUAUGGACAGCCUUAGAUUAGUCUUGAAGCUGGAGCUUUACCAGCUUGAGCUGUAUCGUGGCAAGUUGUCACACUCAUUAAAUAAACAUGACCUCCUGCUAAAGGAGUUAGACAAGAUGAGACAAUGGCACCAAGAUGCUAUGAAGCUGCUGAAGGAGGAGGAUCAGAGGGUGGAGGCUUUCAUGGAAGAGGGAGAGGAGGAUGAAAACAAGCUGAGUGCUGCACAAGUCCAGCUAGACAGUGUCACCUCAUCCCAGAAAAUUUACCCUGUUAUUGACAGUGCUGAUCACAGUGCUAUGGAGGCUGAGGAGUGGCUGCAAAAGAGCAAGCAGAAAUUUCCCAGUAGUGCAGUCUACAGCACCUCCAGCAGAGUGCUGGAGGGCUCUGAGGCAGCCCUGCGGGUGGCCAUGCAGGCUGAGGAUACAGCUGAGUCCUUCACUCCAGGACACUCAAGCUCUACCAUCAUGGAGGUGGUGAAGAAAAUUGAUGCAAGAUCAACUGAGUUUAUGAAGCUCCACACUGAGAGAACACUGAGGAAGGUUCUGGAGGGUGUUCCAGAAUCACUUGCCAAGAAAGAUGAACACAACAACUCACUGCCAUUCCCAUUCCCAAAGACGACCAAUGAAGGGGAGACAUCUUCACCUGCUUCCUUCACCUUCAGGUUUUCCAUCAGUGAUUCUAAUAUAUUUUCAUCAUACAAAUCUGGCGGUGCAUCAGCCCUUCCAAGCUCCUCCCAAGGCUACCGUAGGAGGGUCUCUCCUCAAAAGAGAAACAGCACCUCUUUAGAUGAUAAGUCUUCCUCCUCCAUUCUUAGCACCACCACUACCACAGCUACUACUGAGCCUUCCUCUUCCUCCUCCAUCUUUGGCACCACCACCACCACCACCACCAAGUCUUCCUCUUCCAUCUUUGGCACCACCACCACCACCACCAAGUCUUCCUCCUCCAUCUUUGGCACCACCACCACCACCUCUGAGCCUUCCUCUUCCUCCUCCAUCUUUGGCACCACCACCACCACUGAGCCUUCCUCUUCCUCCUCCAUCUGUGGCACCACCACCACCACCACCUCUGAGCCUUCCUCUUCCUCCUCCAUCUUUGGCACCACCACCACCACCAAGUAUUCCUCCUCCAUAUUUGGCACCACCACCAAGUCUUCCUCCUCCAUCUCUGGCACCACCACCACCACCUCUGAGCCUUCCUCUUCCUCCUCCAUCUUUGGCACCACCACCACCACCACCACUGAGCCUUCCUCUUCCUCCUCCAUCUGUGGCACCACCACCACCACCACCUCUGAGCCUUCCUCUUCCUCCUCCAUCUUUGGCACCACCACCACCACCACCAAGUAUUCCUCCUCCAUAUUUGGCACCACCACCAAGUCUUCCUCCUCCAUCUCUGGCACCACCACCACCACCUCUGAGCCUUCCUCUUCCUCCUCCAUCUUUGGCACCACCACCACCACCACCACCACUCAGCCUUCCUCUUCCUCCUCCAUCUGUGGCACCACCACCAGCACCACCUCUGAGCCUUCUUCUUCCUCCUCCAUCUUUGGCACCACCACCACCACCAAGUAUUCCUCCUCCAUAUUUGGCACCACCACCAAGUCUUCCUCCUCCAUCUCUGGCACCACCACCACCACCUCUGAGCCUUCCUCUUCCUCCUCCAUCUUUGGCACCACCACCACCACCACCACCACUCAGCCUUCCUCUUCCUCCUCCAUCUGUGGCACCACCACCAGCACCACCUCUGAGCCUUCCUCUUCCUCCUCCAUCUUUGGCACCACCACCACCACCAAGUAUUCCUCCUCCAUAUUUGGCACCACCACCAAGUCUUCCUCCUCCAUCUUUGGCACCACCACCACCACCUCUGAGCCUUCUUCUUCCUCCUCCAUCUUUGGCACCACCACCACCACCACCACCACUCGGCCUUCCUCUUCCUCCUCCAUCUGUGGCACCACCACCAGCACCACCUCUGAGCCUUCCUCUUCCUCCUCCAUCUUUGGCACCACCACCACCACCACUGAGCCUUCCUCUUCCUCUUCCAUCUGUGGCACCACCAUGCCUUCAUUUUCUUUCUCCUUUGGCACUAUCACUAAGCCUUCCUCUUCCUCCUCCAUCUUUGGUACCACCACCCCCACCACCACCACCAACACCUCCUCCUCUUGACAAUCACUUUCAUGACCUGUCAAUGUAAAAAUGUAAGAAUUAUUCACCAUAAGCAGUCAGCUCCCAACCAUUCAUCAUGUUUCCCAUGGGUGUCUCUAAUCAACCAGGUCACCAAUAUUUUUUUAGAUUAAUUUAAACAGUGUAUAAUGUUACAUUUUGUAGCCAUGUUAUCUCACACAAUAGGUUUCCUGUUACCUGUUAUUACUUCAGAUGCCUAACUUCUUACUUCUGUGGAAUGUUUGCAAAUAUGAUCUUUUACAACUCUUUGAUAAAAAGGAAGUAAAUAUGUUACCAGUGCAGUAAUACCAUAGUGCAUAUCAUAACAUUGCCACACAAUAGCACCUUGACUUAUAAUUGUUGCAAAGCAGUGGCCACAGGGGGGAUGCAUGUGGAGCUUGGCAUUGUUGAUACUGAAGUAGAUGAAAGUUUUUAUCCCAUUUUGUAAUACAUAGUGUAUAAUUUAUACAUAUAAGAAAGUUUUUGUGAUGCUUUGAGUCACUUUGUCAGCAGCAGAAUGUUUUGUUUCUUAUUUAAAUAUUUUUUUUUUUAUAUGUACUUCAUACUGUACUAAAAUAAAGUAUGUGCAGUGAUGAAUUAAUUCACAAAAUCUAUGUGUAGUGACAGGACAGUUAAGGCUGGCUGAAAUCCAAUGGGGCCUUGGUGAUGGUCUUGGCCUGAUUAGUAAGAUGGUGGACUUGCAUCUCAGUGAGUGUCCUGACAGUUGGCAGACCCCUGAUAGGCUACCUUCUGCACUCAUCUUUAGCCUUAAUUUCUGCAAUUUGACCAGUUCCCUUAUGAAGCCUGGUAAUUAACAGACUCCCAGUAGAUCAGAGGACAAAAGAAUGAGGGAAAAUGUUGAUUCUAGUGGAAAUAUGGUAUGCUACUUAAUUAAACACUUUAAACACUUUAAACACUUUAUUAUGUUUGUCUGUAAUACAUAUAAUAAGCUUAAGGUACAAUUAAUUGAAAGACAAACAGCCCCUUAUGAAGCACAAGCUUUUUGGGCACACUUAAUAUCUACUUAAUACUGAAAUGUAAAACAACACUAAACUAAAAAUCUAAUUAAAGAAAAUGUAAAAAAUAAAAAAUAGCAAUAACAAAAGAUUUAGGGAUAAAUGGCUUUGCAAGAACAGGAAAGAAAGGAGAAAAAUCAUAAUUAUACAUGAGAAAUAGAGAAAAUUGAAGUGGAAUCUGAUUAUAAACAAGCAAAUAUUAGUUUUGAGAAUAAUUAAACAAACAGAAAUAAAUAUGUAUAUAUACUAGAGGUUAUAAACUAUUUUAGUUACAGAGGAUAUGAACUAUUUGGUUACAAUACCAAGAAACAAAAUAAUUGAUAUUGAUAAAAAUUGAUUGAAGUACAAGAUGUGUCAGUAUUGAGACAAUAUUCUUUUAGUUUUCUCUUAAAGAUAUUUACACUUCAUGAAUUUUUUAUGUGUGACAGGGUGCUAUUCCAUAUUUUGGGACCUUUAUACAUUAGAGAGUGUUGGUAGAGAGUUAAGGUAUGAUGGGGAAUCUGUAGAGAAUGCCUGUAGCAUGUGGAGUGGUUAUGAGUUAGGGUCAGGGUAUUGUUGUUGUUGGAAUUUAUCAAUUUGAACAUGUAUGAUGCAAUAGAGAAGUUUGAUAAGUCAGAGAGUUGAAGGAUUUUCAUAGAUUUAAAGAGUGGAGGUGUGUGUUGGAGGAAGUCACUAUUUGUCAUGAUUCUAAUAAUUUUCUUGUGGAGGAUGUUUAGAUUUUGUAGAUGACAUGGGUAGGUAGUGGACCAAAUUGGAUUACAGUAGGUUAAGUGUUGGUAUAUAUGGGCAUAAUACAUGAUUUUCAUAAUUUCCACUGGAACAAAGUUUUUUAUUUUCAGCAAUAGAGCUAUUGAUCUAGAUAAUUUUAGGCAAAGGUUUGAUAUGUGAUAUUUAAAGGUAAGAUUAUUGUCAAAUGUGACUCCAAGAAAUUUUGUCUUAGAAACUUGCAUGAUAUCUUUAUCUAAUAUGGUAAGUCUAGGUAAGGUAAGGUUUGACAAUGACUACUGUACAAACAAUAAACUUGAUUAUACAUAG